AUCUCUCUCAUGCAUUCAAGUUCUCAGGCUAUAUAAGGUAUGCCGGUUGUGAAAAUCGGUUCUCUUUUUUAAUCUUUUUCGAGGGUUUUUGGGCGGAAGAAUAGUGCAGAUUUGAGUUCUCGGGGUUUUGCUCUGUUCCUAUGUCAAAGCUCUUUGGUUUCUGUGGGAUUUAUUUCUUCUAGUUCAUUGGAGGCACUCUUGAACAUUCCUAGUGUUUUGUCUUGUUCCCACUCUUAUUAUAUAUGGGCUGAGGUGAACAUUUCAUGGGAGGUGUAGAGGAUGAUGAACCAGCCUUAAAACGAAUGAAAUUAUCCUCUGACGAGCUGAGAGGCCUUUCCAACGGUCAAACUGUCACUGAGCUUGUUGCUGGGUCAUCAGAAGACUUGAUGGCGCGGCCCCUGCAGUUUGAAGGGGGCGAUGAAGUUGUUGGUUCAAAAGGAGUUAUUAAAAAGGUUGAAUUUGUCCGAAUAAUAACCAAGGCAUUGUAUUCUCUUGGAUAUAAGAAGACCAGUGCAUAUCUAGAGGAAGAAUCAGGGAUACCACUACAUUCUUCUGUGGUAAAUUUAUUUAUGCAACAAAUCCUGGAUGGAAAUUGGGAUGGAAGUGUUGCCACAUUGCAUAAAAUUGGUCUAACAGAUGAAAGGACUGUAAAGGCCGCCUCUUUUUUGAUAUUGGAGCAGAAGUUUUUUGAACUUCUGGAUGGUGAUAAAGUCAUGGAUGCUUUGAAGACAUUGAGGACUGAAAUUGCACCACUUUGUGUUAACAAUAGUAGACUGCGGGAGCUUUCUUCCUGCAUUUUAUCUCCUUCGCAAUGUUUCUUGGUUAGCUCUCCUAAGCAAAAUAGUGCAAGUGCAAAGUCUAGGAGACAGCUCUUGGAGGAAUUACAGAAACUGAUUCCUCCAACAGUCAUGAUCCCUGAAAGAAGGUUGGAACAUUUAGUCGAGCAGGCUCUUGUCUUGCAACGAGAUGCUUGCAUGUUUCACAACUCCUUGGAAAAAGAAAUGUCACUUUAUACUGAUCAUAAAUGUGGAAGAGAUCAAAUUCCUUCUCGAACUUUGCAGAUACUUCAAGCUCAUACAGAUGAAGUAUGGUUCUUGCAAUUUUCACAUAAUGGGAAAUACCUUGCUUCAUCAUCAAAUGAUUGGUCAGCAAUAAUUUGGGAGGUUGAUUCAAAUCGAGGGCUAUCCUUAAAGCACAAACUAUCUGGUCACCAAAAACCAAUUUCUUCUGUUUCAUGGAGUCCGGAUGACCAACAGCUUCUCACUUGUGGGGUAGAGGAGGUCAUAAGGUGCUGGGAUGUCUCUUCUGGUGAAUGCCUCCAUGUUUAUGAAAAGGCUGGUUCUGGCAUGGUUUCAUGCGGAUGGUUUCCAGACGGCAAAUGGAUAUUCUCUGGUGUUAAUGAUAAGACUAUCUGUAUGUGGGAAUUAGAUGGGAAAGAGGUAGAAUGUUUGAAAGGUCAUCGAACUCUAAAAAUUUCUGAUUUGGAAGUAACAAAUGAUGGGAAGCAGAUCAUUAGCAUGUGUAGGGAGACUGCAAUAUUAUUACUUGACAGGGAAGCCAAAGUUGAGAGGUUAAUUGAAGAAGAUCAAACCAUAACCUCAUUCUCAUUAUCAAGAGAUAAUAGGUUCUUAUUGGUAAAUCUCUUGAACCAAGAGAUCCAUUUAUGGAAUAUAGAUGGUGAUGUCAAGCUUGUUUGCAAGUACAAAGGUCACAAACGAACCCGGUUUGUAAUCAGGUCUUGUUUUGGUGGAUUAGACCAAGCCUUUGUUGCCAGCGGUAGUGAAGACUCACAGGUCUAUAUAUGGCACAGAGGCACUGGGGAGCUGAUAGAGGCACUGCCAGGUCAUUCAGGAGCUGUUAAUUGUGUGAGUUGGAAUCCAGUAAACCCUCACAUGUUGGCAUCAGCAAGUGAUGAUCGCACAAUUCGGAUAUGGGGCUUAAACAAUACAAGUCUUAAGCGCAAAGAAACUCAUAGCAAUGGCAUCCACUAUUGCAAUGGAGGAACCUGAUAGGUUGAAUGCAUCGGAUCUGUUCUCAUUAAUAGUUGAUAAUUACUUUUCUGUAAAUACUUUAUUUCGUUAAAAGCUGACAUUCAUAUCAAACAAGCAUGUGAACAUCAGUGCGACUUUCUUUGGUAAUAAUAAAUCUGCCAUCUCUUU